AUGCGCCGCGUGGACCUGCGCGCCUGCCGGCACGCCGGGACGGAGGGCUGCGCGCGUCCCAUCCCCCUCCUGCUUUCCCCUGCUGCCCCUCGCAGAGCCCGCGGACUCUGUCACUGUCUUCAGGCUGGACCCCUAACCAAAGUGACUCUGUGUAAGGACAGAGAUGGAAAGCCGAAGUCCUUUGGAUUUGUCUGCUUCAAACACCCUGAAUCAGUGUCUUAUGCCAUAGCUUUGCUGAAUGGCAUUCGUUUGUAUGGAAGACCAAUUAAUGUGCAGUAUCGAUUUGGAAGUUCUCGCUCUUCUGAACCAGCUAACCAAAGUUUUGAGACCUGUGUAAAGAUAAAUUCACACAGCUACAGGAAUGAAGAAAUAAUGGGAAGAGCUCCCUUUUCCAUGCAGAUUUUUCCAAUUACUAAUAAUGCUUUACCUCAAGAAAGUUUUUUCUUUCAGAAGAUGCAGUGGCAGGCACAUAAC